GUUUUUAAAAAUAUAGAGCAUAAACCAAUUACACCGAAAUUUCAAUUUGUCUUUAAACUGGGCUACCAUUUACGCGUGAAUGCCCAAAGAAAAUCAUUCAAUUAAACAACACAGAAGAUUGUUACUAUUUGCUUUAUUUAUGAAUUAUUAUUUUCAAGGAAUUGAUGAAAGAAUUAAAUCUUAAUAAAAGUAGGGAAAUUUAUUUAUAAAAAUGUCUACAUGCCAACUAUGUGCAGGAAGUUGCGAAGAAUGCAGGAACUUAUACGAUGAACAUGGACAAGGCACAGAAGUUUAUGAUAUUACAGUUAAAUAUUUUGAUCCAAUGUUAUUGAGCUCGAAUAUAGAGCAGGACAGCAGAGUUAUAUGUGGUGAGUGCUGGCGGCAUAUCAGCGAAUUUUAUGACUUUCAACGUUCGGUAUUAACAAUUCAAAAUAAAUUGGAAACUGAAUCCAAGCAUUUGAUACCUCUGAUUAAGCUUGAGGACGAAAUCUUAUUGGAUCAAGAGCUUCUCCCGAAAAAUGAGUGUGAGCUCUCGUUGAACGAUGUACUGGACGGUGAAUUCCUUAAUAUACGAGGGGAUGAUAUCUUGAAUGAUAUUGAAAAAACUCAGCCCACUAAUUCUGAUGACGAAAAACCUUUGAUAACACGCGCAAGACGUAAAACUAAGAUCAAAUCUGAGAGUAUUAAAAAGUGCAAUGCUAAAAAGAAAAUUUGUAAAAAAACCCCUUCAAAAGCACGGCAACAACGUACUGAGGCAGUGAGAAAAAGUAAAAGGACAAUUGGAACAAUUGGAACACUAAAUGAAAAUUAUUAUAACAAGCAAGAUAAUACUGAAAAUGUAACGAACCCAAACGACAACAUUGACAUGGCUAACAAAAGUAAAAUGGACAUGGAUUUAAGCUUUCAGACAUCAAAUGAAAUGCCCAAUACCAUCGAGAACACAUCCUCAAAUUAUGAUAGUGAGGAUAACAGAGCUGCUUCAACCGAUGGGCAACAGACACAUUUCAAUAGAUCGCAAGAUUAUGAUGCUUUUAUUUCGGAAUGGAAACAAGACUUAAGCUGCGUCGUAUGUAAUGCUGAAUUUGCAACUUUAGCUUUACUGCGUUCUCAUUUCAGACAAGAGCAUCCAAAUCACAAAUGUUACGUACUAUGUUGCCAGCGCAAGUUCUUUCAUCGUUAUCAACUAGUGGAACAUAUACGAGUACACAUUAAACCCGAUAUUUUCAAAUGUGAAGUUUGCGGAAAAUGUGCACCGCAUAGUCGAGGUUUAAGGAAACACAUAAGAGAAAGGCAUACGAAAGAAGGACAGGAGCGUCAGUAUGAAUGUAAUGUUUGUCAAAAGCGUUUCACCAAAAAACCUAUUCUUAAAGCACAUAUGGAAAUUCAUGUUACAGGCAGUAAAGAUCACAUUUGCAAGGAAUGCGGUAAAGGUUUUGUACUAGAAACACGCCUUAAAGCUCACGAACGUUCUGUUCAUAACAUAGCGUGCGUAUGUGAUCAAUGUGGGAAAACGGUGCGGGGAAAGUACGCACUUAAACGGCAUUUAUUAGAACACGCUGGCGUUACGAAACGUAAAUGGACUUGUGAUCAAUGCGAAGCCCAAUUAAAUUCUCAUUACGCUUUAAAAAGGCAUAAAGAAGCCAUACAUCACGAUGGUACAACGGUAUACGUGUGCAAGGAUUGUGGAAAAAUUGCACCAUCCGCUCAAGCAUUACGCUGCCACAAAAAAUAUGUUCAUCAAGCGGAGCGUAAGUACAAAUGCAGCAUAUGCGAUAAAGCCUUCAAGGUAGCAAUUGUGUUAAAAGAGCAUAUGGCUGCACAUACAGGUGAAGACCUAUAUCAAUGUCCAUAUUGUCCAAAAACAUUUAAAGUAAGUUCAAAUAUGCAUCAUCAUCGAAAGAAAUCCCAUCCAAUAGAAUGGGCUGAAGCAAGACAAAAUAAACAACAAACAAACAAAGUUGAUGUUAAUUUAGUUUCAAAUGAAGUAAUUCUAUAGAAAAAUUACUUGAUUUGGGUUUAAAUUGUUUUACAAUAAAUUUUUCACCUACCUAUAGC